UUGACACAUGUCAAAGUCAACGUGGAAAAUAUCGAUUUUGGUUUGUGGAGGGUAUCUAAGUACAAAUUAAUUGAGAAAUCUUGAAAAUGGACUUCUUCGAAAAAGCUCACAUUGUAAAGAGAGAUUCAUCAAGAAAAGACCAUAAAUCAGAAGUGGCGGUGAAGAAACAGUUAAAACAGAUGUUACAUGGCUACAAGAAGAAUGACAGUAAUCUCAUAAAGAGCUGUGAAGAUACCUUUGACUCCAAAAGGUUUGAAGAGGAUUCUAGUUCAGUAAGUGGUUUUUCGGACCUAAAUCUCACUGAUUCAAGUAUUGAAAUGGAUGAUAACAAUGUGACGGUAGGUUCAGACAAAGAGGAAAAGAGUAGUCAGCAUACCAAAAAGCUUCAGACAAAUAAACCAUCAACUUCUGAUAAAAAUAUCAGUGAGAAUUCAAUUGCUAGUCUAGAUUCAAUUUCUGACUUAAAGGAUGAUAUACAAACACUUUCUGACAAUGUUUCCUUGGAGGUGACAUUAGAUUCAUGCUCCAUGACCAGUGAUAUGAUAUCGUUAGACACAAGUGUAGCAGAUAGCAUAACAGAAAAUGAUUUUGACGAAUCUGAGCCAUUUGAUGUAGAUGGUUCAUUAGCAAAUAAGAUUAAAGAAAAAUUAGAGAAGGAAGGACUCAUUAAAAAGAGGGGUAAGAAAAGAAAAAUUGAUAAGAAUAUUGAUCAUGACUUUGAAGAAAUUAGAGAAGAGAUGAUUAUUGAAGAAUUAGAAGACAGUUACUGUUCAAGUGACAAUGAUAAUGGGGCGAAUAUUUUGAAAGAAGCAAAGAAAAAAGUCUUGUCACAUGACAGUAGCAAUAGUGAUGCUACCUCUGCAGAUUUUGAAUCAAUAUCUGCAACUGACAUGGCUACACAAAGCCUUUAUGAUGUUCUUGGUGAAUACAAACAUCCCACCACAAAGAACCUUCCAUCGGAAUGCCAAAAUCAGUGUUCAACUAAUAAUUCUGGCAUUUUUUCUGUAGAAGAUAUGACCGUUGAGGACAUACAGAUAAACGAAGAAAACAUGAACUCCCAAUCAUAUUUCAGUUCUGAUAAUGAAGAACCGAUAGACAAACUUGUAAAUAUUUCCGAUAAUGAUACAAGUACACAACCACAUUCUGAAACUACUAGCAUUUGUGACACCACCUUGCUGUCUGAAGAUACAUCAGAUAAAGAUACGUCACUGAGAACAGUAGACGUUAGUCGUUUAAGCUCAAUAAAAGUUUACUAUGGACAUUCCUGUUGCAUUUUAGUAUUGAAACAUCCAGCAGAACUGUACAUCCAUGGCAAAGUAAAAGUGAAAGCUUUGGUAGGCACUAUGGAAAUACUGGGGCACACAUUGACAGAGAAGCCAUGUAAUGUAUAUGCACCAAAUUAUAACUAUGCGUAUUGUCUGAAGACAGUUGAAAGUGAGAAUAUCUCCAGCGGUUUGUUCAGAAAAUUGUCUUCCGAAGGAGUUUCUAUUGCUGACUCUGAAGAGAUAGUCACAGAUCUAGGAACAAAUGAUGGUGUUGUGUGUUUAAAAAAGCUUUCUAGCCCUAAAAUAGAUUUUGUAGAAAACAACUUUAGUGCAGCAGAUUUGUUCAAUAAAAUGGGCAAGCAUGUGGACAAUAUGUUGAGGAAACCAUCUCAAAUUCUAGGCUGUUCCUUAUAUUUGACAAAACCAUGGACAGUAUUUGAAGAGAUACCAUGUUGGAAGCAAGCAGUUCAUUGUGGUUCAGAGCCUCAAAGUCGGGGUAUAAUGUGCGGCGGCAAAGGGCUCGGCAAGUCCACCUUUCUGCGGUUCUGCGUCAACCGCCUACUGGAGCGGGGUCCCGUGCUGGUGGUAGAUCUGGAUCCUGGACAGGCGGAGUUCACGGUCGCCGGGAAUAUAUCGGCUACAGUCGUCAAUGAGCCACUGUUGGGACCUAACUUCACACAUCUGAAGACUCCAGUCAAGAUGUUGAACUUAGGCAUGAUCAGCACAAUGGACAACCCGAGACGUUACGCUGCGGCAGUUCACGACCUAAUUAGACACUGCAACAACGACAAGCAAUUGAAAUCAAUGCCCUGGAUCGUCAACACAAUGGGAAUGUGCAACGCUAUGGGCCUGAAAUUAAUCGCACUAGUCAUCUUACAAGUACAACCUACAUACCUAUUGCAGAUUGACCACCAAAACAGUAAAAAGAGAUUCGAAACACAUCUAAAUCCACACAAUGUUAUGAAGCUUUACGAUGACCGAUAUAGACACGAAUUCAUUUUCAGAAAUGUCCCAAACAUGGGGCUCAAUUAUAAAUUCAUUUUAGCGAAUCACGCAACGAAUUCUGGAAAGAAUAAAACCUCGGUGGCGCCCAGAGAUGAAAGAUAUCUUAACUUUUUAGCGUAUUUUGGUGACAUGUUAAAAACUCCAGACGCCACGUUAUUGGGGAUUACCCCCUUCGAGGUGAAAUUGAGCGACCUAAAUAUCGGAUUGAAUAUAAAAAUCACAAAUGAAGCCGUGACGAAAGUUAUAAAUGGCAAAAUAAUAGCGCUGUGUCAACUGACGACACACGAUAACAGUGGCAAGGUGUUUACCCUCCGAGAUAAACCGCUCGUCUGCCACGGACAUGGUCUUAUAAGAGGCAUCGACUUGGAAAAAGAAAUGCUGUAUGUACUGACACCAACUCCUAUGGAAAAACUGGCUGUAGUGGAUACUUUGGUGUAUGCAGAUUGGGUGCCAGAGCUAAGAGGUCAGGAAAAGCACCUGCCUGACGGAACUACUGUCCCCUACCGAACAGACACCACAUUCAAACAGAGGCAACUUAUGUUUGCACCCAAACGGAGGUUCAAUCCAUUACAACUGCUGAAGAUGUCAAGGAAUUCCUAAAUUGAAACUGUCAAUGAUUAGUUAAUAAAUUUGUAAUUGGAAUAGAUCCAAAAUAUCUUAAAUUAUAAAAGGAAGUCUAAUAAUUAUUUUAUGUUAAUCCAUGUAUAUUUGAAAGAUAAUUUUGUACUUACAAUACUAAUAAAACAUAACAUAGA